AUGUGGUUUGUGAACAGAAAUGCUCCUUUGCUAAGAGCAUUCCAGAACUUAACUUUGGAAGCAAGGGUUAUACAAAUAUUCAGGUUUUUCUGUACUAUAGUGGCAUUUGUAAUGAUAAUGGUUUCGUUACUAGGUCCCCUUUUCAGUAUCAAAUUUUACAUCGCUAGAAUCAACUGUUCACAUUUAGACGUAUCCAAAGGGAUUUAUGAAUCAUUAAGAAACUCAGUGUCCCAUCCGUCUGAUUCAAACGACAAAAUAAAUGGUCAGUUACCUAUUGAUGAUUCUUUGACUAAUAGUGAGAUAUCCAUAUUAAGUGAGUAUGCUGAAGAACAAGUAGCCAACGCUCCUCAAUACUACCUAGUGUCUCUAUGGGAAGCAUGUACGGGUGACUAUAAUAUAACCUUGGGACGUAAUAAGAAUGGACAACCUGAAUAUAUCAAACACGAUGAUACCAUAACGUGUGUGAGGUCUCCAGGUUUGAAGACGGUUUUUAAUUAUAGAAUGGCCUUGAGACAACAUAAUAUGGAAAGUGUGUUGGCUUAUGCUGACAAAGGCUCGUAUGAUGACUCACAUUAUAGUAAGGAAGUAGACCAAAGAAAUAAGGGAUACUCAGUGGUUCCCAUAACAUUAACUAUAGCAGCAGUGAUAUCUGGAGGAUUAUUGCUCUUCCAGUAUGUUUUGUACAGUAACAAAGGAGAUGCUCAAGAUUUGAGUAAUUUGCCGGUGUUCUUGCUUCAUAUAGUUACCAUAAUAACAGUAAUGAACUUCCUAGCUAUUGCCAUAGCUACGGGUGUUGCCACUUCCUUAUUACUCAAAACUCGUAAAGAAGUGAAAAACAGUUUAGGUUCUUUCGGGAUCAAUUUACAAUUGGGAAGGGUGUGGUUUUUGUUAACAUGGAUUGGGUUUUCCGCUGCUUUAAUUUUAAUGGUAUCGUGGAUUUUACCUGUUUGGUGCUCGAACCAUCCUGACGAUGAAGCAUAUUUUGAAGGUUAUACAUAUCAGAGAACAGGAGAUUUCAAAAAUAAUGGGAGAAGUUUCUCCAAAACUCAAAUCAGGCGCCAACAAAGUGAAAGAAGUCAAAGAAGUACCAGUAGUAAUGAUGUUGAAAGUAAUUUGAGUUACGAAAGUAGACCUCAAGAUAAAAUAUUAUAUGACACAUCGUCCGAAGAUGAGUCAGGAGCUAGUGAUUAUGAUAAUUAUGGUAAUGAUAAGUUUUUCAAUUACCAAGAUAAGGAACAAAGUAAAUUAAGGAAGUUGGGAGAAAGUCUAUCGAGAAAAUCUUCAGUUAGACAAUUAAACACCAAAUUAUCAAGGAAUAAAACGACCACCACGUUAAAAUCAUUGAAAGAACAUGAAUUGACUGCUCAAGAAGCCUUAAAAGUGGUCAAUGAACAAAGUUAUUCUCCUUUACCUCAUCAUUAUCGUGUAGAUACAUUUGAUGGGUUCCAAGAAACUACUCGAAAAAGACAUGGAGAUUAUAAUCCCUUUGAAGAGGACAUUGAAAUGAAGGAUUUAACGAAAUAA